UUCUUUUUCUUUCUUUUUCAAACAUUUUAUUAGAGAGCUGAAAGAAUUUGAUCCAGAUGAGCUCAUAGAAAGUGGACUGUCUCAGUCAUGGACACAAACACUACCUGAGAGUGGAGCAGAUGAUUUUAGUGGAGAUAUUGAAUUGAAAGAGCUACCACUUGGUAUAGGUGCAGGCCAAAGUUCUGGAGAAAUAAAUCAGCGGCAAAAUCAGUCUGAUUCAUCUCCAGAGAGCCCUCCAGAAGUAACAAGCGUUGUAAGGCGAAGAUCAUCUGUUGGAAUCCAGAGGCAGGCUUCUGUGUGCUUAUCUGAUGAAGAAGAUCAGUCACCUGAUGAAACUAGACAUGCUUCAGGGAGUGCUGUUGAACGACAAAGAGUACCUGGACCACGGCAGCGAGAAGUUACUAAGGUUUCUGCCAUUGUUCAUUGCAGCAGUAAUGAUAAACCUCCACAGCCACCUCACUGGGAUCAAACAUCAGUAUGUUCUUCCAGUUCACAACCUAUAAUGGGGGUCUUUCACCCACCUUUCAUUCAUUCGCAUUCAUCUCCCGAUUCUGGGAGCACUGCCAAUAUACACCAAACGAAAUAUGGGCGUGUACCAAGCACUAUUUCAUUGCAUGGGAUUCCUUCUGAUACUCUGGCACGUGUAGUUGAUCUACAAGACUACCACUACAGUAGGCAGCAAGUACAAGAAUUAGCAGCUCAAGGUGCAACACUCCUAAAAGAUAAAUCGCAGUCAAACUUAGAUGUGGCAGCUGGUGCCGAUGGAUGGACAACUGAUCCUUCUCAUAUUCAACAAGCUGCAAGUACCGAAGCUGGAUUAUUAGAACAAAGUUUGGAGCAGCAUCAGCUUGAACAUUUACGAUUGCUCCUGAGAAGAUAUUCUCCUGUUGAUGAGGAAGAUGCCAAAAUCUGGAGUAAAGUGCGCUACAACGAUACUGGUAGCAGAGAGGAUAUCCGAGAAGAGGUAAUAGAAAUGAUAUCUGGAGAGAGUUCAGAUGAUAGCAACAGUAGUAUUGAAAGUGAGAUGUUAAAACAGCAAUCAAGGCAGUUAUGGGAAUUAAGAGCUACUUUAGAGGAAGAGGAGGAUAAACUCAGUGAUACUCAGGAAACAGAAGAUGAUCCUCCAGAAGAUAGAGCAUCAGAUCCACAAGAUGUAUUAACAUCACGUGCAACAUCUUUUGAGUCUAAUGCUGAUGUCUCUUGUGAUGAUCCUGGUUAUGAAUGUGAUGAAAGUGAUUAUCUUCAACUUCCCUCUCAUGAGUUGCGCAGGCAUUGCUACAAGAGUUUACUAACUAAAAGGUUACAGAAAAGGACGCCUGGGGUCGAGAGCAGUUUUGAUAGUGUCGAAAGCUCAUCAACUGAUAGGACAGACGGUGCUACAACAUCUUUUGAGUCUACCACUGACAAUACUGACAGCACGGGUGAAGGACAGACAAACAGAUUGCAGCAAAUGAAAGCAGACAGUGGUUACAAAUCAAUGGAAAGUAAUGGAAAAGCUCCUCGUUUGUGCAGAAAACAGCUGCAGUUCACUCUCGAUGGAGAUAGUUUAGACCAGAUGAUGACGACUAUGGAAGGCACUUUUGAUGAGGAAAUUGAAGUGCUGUACAAAGAUUCUAUGACACAAGGAACUGAUACUAUUAAGACCAAAUCUAUUGAAACUUCCAAGGUAGUAUCAUUUGAAGGUGUAGUGAUAGAAGGUGAAGGUCUUCCACCAUACGAACCUCAGGUUCAUAAAAAGAAAUAUAAGAGUGCCUUGAAGAAGCACUGUACUGAAAGUGAUAUACAGUGGAGUGAGCAACAACUGUCAGAUAUGGUGGCUGAAACACGUGGCAAAACAUCUGUUUUUCACAGGUUCUUCCGCUCAGGACGUCUCAGAUUAGAACAGAUGCAACAGUUUAGAGACUAUAGUAUAGAUGAGAAAUCUGAUGCACUUUUCCGUGAAUUUUCCCGACCUGAUGUUGCUGACACUGAAUAUUACCGUACUCGAGGAGCUCGGCUUCAUGGUCAUAUGAGGCUUCAUCAUAGAUCUUUACCAUCUGCUGAAAGCAGUAGUCCCCAUCUCCCUAAAAAGGUACUCUCACCUCAGCUCAGUAUUGAAGAAGAAAGCUGCGAAAGCGGCGCAGAGGAAAAUCAGUCUGGAGGAGCUGAUAAGCAACAGGCUCUUAAAAGUCCUCGUGAGACCCAAGCUCAGAUCCCUGUGAUAUGUCUCUCACAUGGUGGAGAAGGACAGUAGAUUUUUUGCAGUGUUUCUUAUUUAUUACCAUAUCGUGGGACCUAAACAUGUCGAAAGCAUAACAGUAUUCUUUGAAAAGUUGUACAGUGUUUCAUUUGGGCACAGAAAUAUACAAUGAAGUUAAUAUUACUUUGCACCUCUUUGCUGCCAGCACAGUCACAAGUUUCAGUAUAAUGAAAAACUCAAGUUUUAUUUAAGGAAUAUCCCUAUAUGAGCACAAAUAUUUUCAUUUAGGAUACCAUUCAAACUUCCAAAACUAUGAAUAGAGCUGUCAUUUAUGUUUGCUCACUUUGUUACUCAAUUCACUGCUAUUAUGUUCACGAAGUGCCAAGAUGCAGAAGAAUUUGAGGUCAGCUCUUAUGAUAUCUAAAUAAACCUAAGAAUGAUUUUAAUGUAUGAUUGUGUAUUUGAGGUAGAAAGCAUCUCACGUUUUUUUUUUCUUUCUGUAAAUAACUAUGAGGAAUGUGUAUGUUGUUGAUCUGUGUUUUAACUUACGCACCUGCAGAGAAAUGCAAGAAAUUUAAUUUUUUAUAAUGAUGCCUUUGUUGCGGUCAUUUCUGUGGUCACUUUAUCCUUGAUUCUGGAUGAAAUAUUGCACCAAGAUGCAUAAUUUAAUUUUUUUUAAAGAAUUGAACUGCCAAAAUUAUGAAAUAAAAGAAUUGUGACAAAU